GUGAUCGUGCCUGCCCUUCACAUCCGUCCACAUCCUGCUAGGCUCAGCUCCCAAGCGCAGCACAACCAUGGCCCUGCUCAAGUCAAACAAGGUGAUCCUCUGUUUGGGGAACAUCUCCCCGUCCCUGGGGGUUCUGUCCACUCGCAACAGGUGAGUUAAACAGGCGUAAUGACAGGACGCAGAGACGUGGCGCACGGUAACAUUAGUAUAUGCAAACUAGCAGCGUGGCCUCACGUUACUUUCACUGCUAGCUCCAUUAGCAGGCAUGCUGUCAUUUAAAGGUUAACGUAAUCGGUUCACUCAGCAGCCAGAUUCUUGCAGGGAUUAAACUUCUCCGUGAUUAUCUCAGCCACAGCAGCUCAGCAGGUAAGACAGGCAGGGGUCAAAUGAUUGCAGUGGGCCCACUGCAGAGAGUGAGGAGGUUAACCAGCGAAUGAAGGCAAACCGCUGCUGCUGCUGCUGCUGCUGCUAACGCGAAAUCUUUAGUUCCAGGUGAAUGAUGCAGGAUGCUAUAACCUCGAUAACCUCACAGGUCACCGCCUGGUGUGCCAGACAGCCUCUAGUUGACCUUAGUUAACUCGAGGUCGCUAACUUAUCACCCAGGCUCGCCACGCUCGUGUGUUCGCGGCACGUUCCGGUGAAUCACUCGCUGGUGUGAAGAGAAAUGAUCGAUUUAUCUGAUCUGAUCCAGUAUUUGUCACUUCGAUUAAAGACUUGAAUCUUUAAAUUUACUCUGUUUUUAUACAGUCAGCCACCUGUGUGAAAAUUUGCACGACCGCUACAUCUUUAGCUGAUACUUCCCCCGCAGAAUUUUGAGCUUAGCGACUUGUCGUAGUUGAUGAAGUCUUGCGAGCUGAUUGGUCGUUGUGUUCCGCCUUCGGCCUCUGAUUGGCUGAUUUCUAGCCAUGAAGCAGCUAACAUAUGUCCUUUCAGGGUCUGCUUGGAGGGCAAACUCCGACAGAUUUCUUUAAACGCGUUUAAUCAAAGAUUUCUCUUAUAUGACAGGUUUUUGUAGUGCUAAAAAGUUUAAUGAAAUAUCCACGUUCGGGGCUAAUUCUCUCUCCACUGUUAUCGGUGUCGUUGGUUUUGCCAGCCGAUUUGUUUCAGGGCUAAAGCCUCAUCUUCCUCUUGUCUUGGGCUCUGCACAGACCCUUUUUUGAUUUUAAAUGCUUGAGGGAAUCACUGAAAUUAGCUUUUUUGCAUCAAGACUAUUUGACUUGGUCAGGCAUCUCUGUUCCAACAACAAAAAUAAAUAAAUAAAAAUAAAACAUUAAAAUUAAAUUAUCUAAAUUAUAAAAUGCUGUUAUUAAAAUUAUGUCACUUGUCGUGUUAGGGUCGCUGUUAGAUCAAUAUCCAAUAAUUAGAGCAAAAACUAAAAUCAUAAGUGCACUGACAGGCACCACACUGACAGUCAGAUCUUCUUCCAAUCAUGUGAGAUUUAGAAAAUUGUCAUUUUUCCACGUUUUUCCCUGCACAAAAAAAGUCUCAGGCAUGUCCAAACAUGUGAGAUCAGUUCAGUAUAUAUGUCUGCAUGAGGGGUACACUGACAAAGAAAGGCCCAGAGGCCCACUACAAAAACUAUUUUAAGCAAUAUUGUCAUGGACAAUGAAGCCUAACAAGGUAACCUAGAGAUGAGAACCAAAUUGGAUGAUAGAGAAAUGUUUUUUAGUGUAAUUUACAGCUGAUUCAAGACAAAGGUCCUUAAUAUGGUAGGUGUGUAGUAAAAGCUAACACAGGAGGAAGGUUAAAGCAUUUUGGUCUGGUUUCAAAGGAUGAAUAAAUUACCACAAAGAUUUCUAUACAGCGAUGUAAGACGCUCGUAUCAAGGGAAAAGACCCCUUUAUUUCUAAACAUUAACAUGCCAAACAAAGCCUCUUUUGUCUAUUGAUCACUGAUAACCUGCCCGUGUCUCUGUUGUUUAUAUAAAUGCUGAAGUUUAGCAGUUCAAAGGUUCUGUGUAUAUACCCAUGGCAGGCAUGAUAACCUCUCUUCAACCAGAUUGCUCUCACUUUCUGGAGUUUUUGCUACUUUACCUUUUAAUAACGUGAAGGUAAAAGUUUUACUUGACACAAUUGCAACUAUCUUAAAUGUAACAGUUUGUUUACCAAUGUAUAAUUCCUACUACACUGCAUAAAAUCUUAUCUAAUCCAAACUGAAGUGUUUAUCGCAUUGUUUGCAUAACAGCAUUGACAUUGCAUCAUAAGCAGCACCAUAAACUACACCUUCAUUACUACAACAGAGGAAAUACUCUGAGCGUCUAUUAGGUGUUUAUCCGUCAUGUCUGUUUUUAUUACCCAGUAAAGUUGGGCUUUGAUUAUUUAUCGAAGUGUCAGUGUUUCAAAAUAACACACUCUACUGUAUUUAGGUAAAUUACUGCUAGGCUGACCUCAAUAUUUUUAAGCAGAUCUCUACACUAAAUUCAUACAAUAAACAUGUUGGUAGGUAAACUGGAUUCACUAUUUGAUGAACCACUGACAUAUUUUUAAUAACAGACUUGAGAUGUGUGACUCCUGCCCUUUGCAAGGUGUUCUGUCCUAAAUUUAGCUGCAAAGUUUAGAGGGUUUACAAAGUAGAAGAAACCUGAGACAAUGUGUGAGCAGCCUGCACCGAAGGUCACAACAUGCAACAACCUCCAUUUAAAUAGAUUUGUGUCAGAAUAUAUUUAAUAUUCAUCUAAAAGAUAGAGGUGACAGUGAGAAAAAUGGAUCAUAUGCUCUUUUAAUUGUGAAGGAAAAUUCACUUGGCAGAGAAUCACUCUGAAACCUUCCUUUGUGACUACCAUCAUGACCAUCACUGUCAGGAGAGGAUGACUCGGAUGUUAUAAAUAUGUGUAUUUUUUCUUGAGGGCUACACAAAGACUCACUUCCACAUGAAACAUUUUUGCCAAUAUAACCAAGGUUUUUUUGGGGGGGUUUGAGUGAUCUACCUUUUUCUUCAUGUUAAGUUACAGCUGCUCUUUAAACAUUGUUUAUAAAUGUUAUAAGAAAUUGAUAGAUGUCUGGUAAUUCAGAGUGAUUCGAUGCCUGACAACUACAUCACAUGCAUACAUUCAGAGAGAGCAAGAAGGUAUUAUACAUGAGUCCUGAUGUGUAUUGACAUGUGAAUGUUUUUCAUUGUGGUAGGUUCACUGAUGUAGUUUGAUAUAUUUAAACAGCCUUUACCAAACGUCACCUGUGUGUUGAGCAGCACAUUAUACUGGGCAGUGGUCAGGAGGUCAGAGUGCUUGACCUUUUUUAACAUUUGAUAUUCAGCACACAUUUAGCGUCCUUAACAUCCAGUCAGUUCUCUAUCUUUUCCAACUGCUGUGUCUCUGCAGAUAUGACUUGUUCCUCCUACUUAGCAGAUUUCUGUUUUACAAAUGAACAAUGCCCAAAUCUUAGCAGGACAUUUGGUUUGUUUGUCAGAAUGUUUUCGAAUUACAAUUGAGUUUAUUUAAAUAUCAUACAACACUGAGCAACAUUUAGCAGAGUGUAACACAUUAGACUGUUCACCGGUGAGACUUACAUCAUAUACUACAUGAAAAAAGAAACCUUUUUAUUUUGGGUUAAAGAACUAUUAACUUAUUUCCUCCAUUGCUUUAUACUAAUGAAGUAGAAGAAUAAUUGAAAACACCGGGGCAAAGCGUUGAGUUGAAUUAUCUUCAUUUAUAUGUUGUGAUGCCUAAAACAGCUGGAGUAAGGACUUUGUGGACAAAGGAGGGAUUACAUAAACUUUAUUUUCCAGCCCAGAUUAACUGUUACCCUUGUUUUUUGGACUCUGGACCCUCUGAACAGGUUAUAAUGUUUGUUUGAUGAAACCCACUGAGAGCCCACUGAGCAUGUCUUUCAUAUGUUUCCACAUCAGUGUUUCCUCAGGUCACAUGAGGGGUUAAGCGUGUUAACCAGGGGGAGUUGCUAAUACGAACAUUACAUUAGCGUAACCAGUAUUGCUUAAUGCCAUGAAAUGUUAAUAAGCAGCACAUGUCAUGACCCUGUCAAAGACAAACUCUGUUUUUCAGUGCAGCACGCACAGAUUAACUCUUGUGAGUGAACUCUUGUCUCUUUCAGUGGUUUGCCGCUCAUAUUGACAGUCACCUGAUUUGAUUUGAUCUGAUUCUUUGCAGCUCAUGGUGGGGUGGAGUGCAGAUGGGUCCCCCCGAUCCCAUCCUGGGGGUGACCGAAGCCUUCAAGAGGGACACCAAUCCCAAAAAGAUGAACCUGGGAGUGGGAGCCUACAGGGAUGACCAGGGCAAGCCCUUUGUGCUUAGUUGUGUCCGCAAGGUAUAACCAAGUCCAGGCAUUUUUUUUCUCUAUCACGCACACACAGGCAUGCACACAAGGUUUUUUUCUUCAGCAGUUAUCUGGUUACCUUUUACCCAAGUGUGGAAAACAAUCACAUAAUAAGGUCUUAAUAUAUUAUGAUGAAAGAACCACAGUACAUUACUACUGGCAGUGUGUGUUUUGAAAAUACGGUGAUCACUCAGGGAGUUUGAUAGUUGAUGGUUUUAACUUUAAGUUGAUGGUUUAAAAAUUGUCACAGAUUUUUGCAGUGUCAUUCUGAACUCAGCCUCUGUUGCUCCUGAAUAUUCAUAGAUAAUGUAGAUAAUGAGAGGUCAGACACACAUUAAGGAUCAGAAGAGGUUCUGCCUUAUUAUAUCAUAUAUAUCAUUCAGCCCUAUUUUAUAUACAAAGCAGGAAGUGCGGACCAAGGAAAGAAGCUGUGAAUUAUACCUGUUUUCUAUUUUACAAUUGUAGGCAGAGGCCAUCAUUGCAGCCAAGCAGCUGGACAAGGAGUACCUUGCAAUCGGUGGUUUGGGGGACUUUACCAAGGCCUGCGCCCAACUUGCCCUUGGAGCUGACAAUGAAGUCUUGAAGAGUGGCAGGGUAGGUUGAGUGGUGUGAAAUGCAUAAAGCUGAUUGAAACUUCAAAGUUCAAACAAACAUGAAAGUUCUCCUUUCCCAACAGAACAUCACCGUCCAAACCAUUUCAGGCACCGGAUCCCUGCGCAUUGGGGCCAACUUCUUGGUAAGGUCUACUUGUCACUUUGUGUCGACAAACUGAAGUUUGGCUGGUUAUCUCAUCAGGUCUUCUUUAUUGGAUUCUGAUGCAGGCUCGGUUCCAUGGAGGUCCACGUGAUGUGUACCUGCCCAAACCUUCCUGGGGAAACCACACACCUAUUUUCAGAGACGCUGGCAUGCAGUUGAAAGCAUACAGAUACUACGACCCCGCCACCUGUGGCUUUGACUUCAAAGGAGCUCUGGACGACAUUUCUGUAAGACAUUUAUGAUGGACAAGAGAAACAUCUGUGAAGAUAAUUCAAACAUAUUACUUUACAGUAACAAGCCCUGAAAGUUUGCUGAUAGCAUGAACUCUUUGAAUUAUAUAGAUGAAGAAAGUGUCAUUCAGAGUCAGAAUCAGGUUUAGUGCAUUAAUUUUUUCAACUUAGGCACAGUCAUUGAUUAACUUUGUAUUUUUUGUUUUCAGUUUAUUUAUUAGUGACCGACUGGUGCUGGGGGGUGAAUUUAUUAUUUGCUUGUAAGACCUUCGUUUUUGCCGCUUUGUUGUCUGCAAUGUAGAACUGCCUAACAUAACUAAUUAAAACUUGAUUGGUUGGAAGCCCAAAGCUAGUCAUUUUAUGUCAUCCAUAUAAGUAAAAAUGGGGAUGUUGGGAGAAAGGUGGCUAGUGUGGGUUUGGUCAUAAAAUCAGUUCUAUACCAGGCAGACAAAGCUUUAUUUAAAUUUCGGUUUGUACCUGACAUUGUGCUCUGGGUCCACUCACUCACUCACACUAUUUUUUUAAUACCACAGAAAAUCCCAGAGCAGAGUGUGAUCCUGCUGCAUGCUUGUGCUCACAAUCCCACUGGUGUGGAUCCCAAACCCGAGCAGUGGAAGGAGAUUUCUGCCCUUGUGAAGGUGAGUUUACUUAGUGUCAGCUAAGCUAAUGUCUAGAAUUUUGCUAAGAAUAAAAAUAAGAACUUUAUUAACCCCGAAUUCAAUGCUGCUAGGUUUUGACUAAAUGUCAGAACAUGGAUUUAUCUUGUAGACAGAGGUCUUUGACAGUUCAAAAGUCACCAUGAUAAGGGCUUUACUGAUCUUAUCUGUUAUCACUUGACACAUUAUCAACCGGUUUUUCUGUCUGCCCCUCUCCCAUCUGCUUUCCCUUUUUUUUCACCUCACAGAAAAGGAACCUGCUUCCAUUCUUCGACAUGGCCUAUCAGGGCUUUGCUAGCGGAGACAUUGACCGUGAUGCCUGGGCUGUGCGCUACUUCAUUGAGCAGGGCCACAACAUCUUGCUGUCCCAGUCCUUCGCCAAGAACAUGGGGCUCUAUGGUCAGUCAGAAAUCAGCAUCAUAAUUUUUGACUACAUAAAAAAAAGAAUAAAUCAAUAAAAUAAUAAUAAACUUUAUUUGUAUAGCACCUUUCUAGAAGAUUUGUCACAAAAUGCUUCACAGUCAACAAAUUAAAAAAGGGUAAUGGUUGGUGUAAAUCUAAAUUCUGGCUGAAAAUAUGGUUUGUGUCUACCACCACCUAGUGGUAGACAUUGCUAAGUAAGCAAGGUUUAUUCAAACAGGCAUUCAGUCUAACAAAGUUCUUUAUUUCACCGUAAUGUGAGAAAAUUAGCUGCAAAGUUUAGUGAGUAAAAAUCUGUGUGAUCCAGAGAUGUUAAUGGUAUUUAUAAUGGUUCACUUUGAUAUUUAUUACGAUGAAGACAGGGUGAGACUGAGAUGAAGAUGAUUUGGUCUCACAAAUUACAAGUUUUCCUGUUUUUAAAAAUCAUGACCGUAACUGUCAUGGUGAUGUUCACAGGUGAGCGUGUUGGAGGCUUCACAAUUGUGUGCACUGAUGCAGAAGAGGCAAAGAGGGUCGAAUCUCAGCUUAAGAUUCUCAUCAGACCCAUUUACUCCAACCCACCUAUGAAUGGCGCCAGAAUUGCAUCAACCAUUCUUAGCACACCAGAUCUGCGCUCACUGUGGUAAGUGCUUAACUCAUAUUAGGAAAAUAAAACUGUCGACUCAAAUCUCCUUUUUCAUAUACAACUCAAUAUCACAGACUUUUAUUGUUUAUUUUGAACCUGUGUCCCAUGUUGUCGUUGAUCUCAGGCUGGAGGAAGUCCAUGGCAUGGCUAACCGCAUCAUUAAGAUGAGGGAGCAGCUGGUGGCCGGUCUGAAGAAGGAGGGCUCCUCCCACAACUGGCAGCACGUCAUUGAUCAGAUCGGGAUGUUCUGCUUCACAGGCCUCAAACCUGAGCAGGUAUACACUCACAUUUUUGUGCUUUAAUAUACAGCAGGGAUUGACAAUACAAAUAUGCAUUAUUCAGUCUUACAUUACACUUUUAGAUGUGUUUAUUAAAUAUGAAGCUACAGCCUAAAACCCAAGUUGACAGCUGCUUGAUUUCUUUUUCAUCAAAUAUUUAUUUUCAAAUGAAUCUUCUUAUCUAACUCUGUGCCAGGAACCCAAUGUUUUAGUCCUGUGAUAUAAUACAAUAUCACCAUGAAAAAAAUAUCAGCAUACAUAUAAGUAUUUGAGAAGGAGCCAAAAAGGCCUCAUGGUUUUUUGAGGUAGGCAUUGCUCAGCAGCCAAAUUCACUGCGUUUAAAUAUUUAGAAAUAAACUGUGUUUUUAAUAUUAGGUAAGGUGGAUAUGUUCCUAUUGCACAUUUGAGAAAAAAAAACUUAAGAGGAGACAUUAAAAUAUCAUGGAAGAGGAGGUUUUAAAAUAAUUAAAACAGAUCACAAAGAAAUAAAGCAAGAGCAGAGGUUAAAAUAUAAUGAAACAGCAUUAAAAUGUAAGGAUAAGGUCGAGUUUCAGUGUUAGAGUUAAAGACGUCUGAUCAUACGUAAUUGUAGCACAUGACCUCCAUGGCAGUGUUAAACUCAGACCUGUGCAGGUUUUACUUUGAGCUUUUUUUUUCCUUUUAAAAAACUCUUGAUUUGCAAUCGGGCAAAGAAAACUCUUGCUAACACAGAUUUAUUUGCCUGUUAGCUCCCUAAUCCCAUCCCAGACUUUGUAUUCUUACUUUGAUCAGCUUAAGUCUAAGAGGUUUUUGUACAUCUACUGUCACCUAAUGAUUACUGAACACGAUUAAAUACCUUACUGAUUUCCUUUUUACUGUAAACAUCUCACACAUGAUGUAUGUACAUAAAAAGUUGGAUUGAUUGUCUGUUUUUUCUUUUUUUCAUUUUUGUCAGCUGACUCGUUUAUCAAAGGGUAUAUUAGAUUUGUGUGUUUGAAUCACACACUCGGCUGGUAUUUGAUAACUUUUUCUUCUUUAAACAUUUCUCCUCUCUCAGGUUAUUAAACCAUUUACUGUUAGUGUUAAAGCUGAGGUACAAAAAAACAUUGGGGAAACCAGUCAGAGGUUUGGAAGUGUGUGUGAGAAGUCAGAAAAACGUUGUAAUCACUGGACAUACUUCUGACCAUUGUGUUGUUUUUUUGACUAAAUCAUAGGAGUGAACAACUAUUAGCUCCCAUCAGUCUGCUGAAUCUUUGGCCUGAUGAGCUUUAACUAAUCUCAGUAUGAUGUUCUUUUUGGGUUUCUUUUCAAUAUCUAGUGACUUGUUUUUUUUCUGCCUGCAGGUGGAGCGUCUCACAAAGGAGUUUUCUGUGUACAUGACCAAGGAUGGCAGAAUUUCCAUGGCAGGCAUCUCCUCUGGGAAUGUUGGCUACUUGGCACAAGGAAUCCAUGCUGUCACCAAGUAGAGCUGAUCCUGCUGAGAAAUCUACAAAAUCAGAGCAGCCGUGUUAAGAGGAGCUUUGUGCGUCACUUUUUCUGUCUCCUCCAUUCCACCUCUAGAAGAGAGCUUUAUCUAGCUAGACAUUUUCUUAAUUGGAUUUCAUCGUGAGUUCAACUUGAAACAGUUGCUGCUGUUUAACAUUUCGGUUUCUUUUUUCAAACAUUUCAUUGAACAGCUCCCCCUGCCAAAUUAUACAAGGCAUGUUUUCUCCUUUCUGACGGUUCAUCUUUGCUUAUUUAUUAUUGGAAUCAGCUGUUAGCGGUGUGUGCUGUUUAUCUGCUGUGGGGCCACUCACUCUAAUACAUCAAGGAACUGACACUGGGUAAACAAUGGCUGUUGCUAUGUGAAACCUGUAGGAAAUGUGACUUUUUAAUUUUGACGGUUGGGUAAUAGCACUUUAUGAGCGGAAAAGCACUGUUUGUUUCAAGAUUAGGUUGGGGUUUGGUUGUCUUUUGUCUAUCAGUUAAUCAAUUCACUGCUGGCUGUUCAUCUGAACUAAUCAGUUAUCUCGCAAUGUAGUUUCUUGAUUACUUCUGAACUACUCUUGUCUAUUUGCUCAUAUUCAACAGGAUUUUUAAUUGUUUUGGGUGUCAAUCUAGUUAAUCACAGAGCAUCAGUCUCUCAGUCAGUCCCUUUUCACCCCUGAUUAAAACAAGCACACAGGCCCAAAACAAAUUAGGCUCAAAAGAUUAAAGUGAAAAAAUAUCUUGAAUUUCCUCCCACAAUUUCUGCGUUUUCCACCACAGCCCCAGAACAUCCCAUUUAUUACUUUCUUUUCACAAAGGAAUCUCUAUAUUUGGUACAAGUACAAAUGUCUGUGUGUGGUUGAUGAAGAUGAGUGGAGCACCUGAUUGAGUACUGGACAAGUCAUAAGAAAUCCAGUAUCCACGUGCUUCUCAUUUACUCACUUAGACGUCAUGGUUCAGUGUAUGGAUCCGUUUGUCAUCAGGACGUGAUACAGAUGGCAUUUAAAAAUGUGGGAUUUGCCGCAAGUCUGCCUAUACUACCAUGUUUUGCAUUCUGUCAAUAAAUAAUGGAUCAGUGGUCAAUGUACCUUAUUGAACAAACAAUAAAUCAUGAUAGAGUAAUGGUCUUUCUUUGGA